ACUCAUUUUUGUUUACGUUCUUCCAAUUAAUUAAUCAAACACAGCGGACGCCAGGACUCGUAGUAACACGAAAGCCCUCGGCUCUAUCCUUUCGAAAGUCGUAACGAAGAAGAGAAAAUAAACUACCGGUGUCGCCGGCGACGAAAUCACCGCCGUCGCAAAAUUUGCACAUUCCAUCUUCCGCCUCAACCACCGUAAGCAUAUAAUGUUCCUUAGAACUUUCUAGGAAGUUUUUGAUGAAUUUGGGGAAACAAUGGCAAGCCAUUCAGGAAGAGGAGUCCCUUCAAAUGGUUCUGUUUAUGUUUGUAAUCUACCUCAGGGAACCGAUGAAACUAUGUUAGCUGAAUAUUUCGGGACCAUUGGCUUGCUAAAGAAAGAUAAGCGAACUGGUCGACCUAAGAUAUGGUUAUACAGAGACAAGGCAACAAAUGAGCCCAAAGGAGAUGCUACUGUUACUUAUGAGGAUCCCCAUGCUGCAUUGGCUGCUGUUGAAUGGUUUAACAACAAGGAUUUCCAUGGAAGCACAAUUGGGGUUUUUAUAGCAGAGAGUAAGAAUAGUAAUGCUGGUGGAGAUCCUCCAACUGUGGCUGGUGAUGGUGGCGGAUUGGAGGAAGAUGCGGCUAGGGACAUGAAUGGGGGUGGUGGAAGGGGUAGAGGUCGGGGUGAUGCUUCGGGAAAAACAUGGCAACAGGAGGGAGACUGGCUCUGUCCAAAUACAAGUUGUUCCAAUGUAAAUUUCGCCUUCCGUGGUGUGUGCAACCGUUGCGGAAGUGCUCGACCUGCAGGUGCAUCUGGUGGUGGUGGAGGGGCUGGCGGUCAUGGGAAGGGUCGUGGUGCCCAUGACUCUGGAAGUCAUGGCCGAGGAGCAGUGGGUGCUACUGGUGGACUUUUUGGCCCAAAUGAUUGGCCUUGUCCUAUGUGUGGCAACAUCAACUGGGCUAAGCGUACGAAAUGCAAUAUAUGCAACACCAAUAAACCUGGUCACAAUGAGGGUGGUGUGAGAGGAGGACGUGGUGGUGGUUACAAGGAACUUGAUGAAGAAGAGAUAGAGGAAACAAGGCGACGUCGACGUGAGGCAGAAGAAGAUGAUGGUGAGAUGUAUGAUGAGUUUGGCAAUCUCAAGAAAAAAUUCCGAGCCAAAACACAACAAGCUGAAGCUGGACGAGGGCUACCAGGUUCGGGCCGUGCUGGCUGGGAGGUUGAGGAACUAGGUAUUGGGAUCAUUACUUUGAUAACUGGUUCAUAUUAGGAUAUGGUAUUUUAAGAUACUGAUUGUCAUACAUGUGAAGGCUAUUAAAAUCUAUGUUGCUCUGACUCUUCAUUUUCCCUGAAGCACCCAUGUUCAACACAUAUCCAACAGACAUGGGUAUGAAGGUCUGGCCCUCCAAAUAUAUGGAAAAACUUAGAAAAAAAUUGAAUGUACCUGUAUCCAACACUCAUCUUCGAGUCCUUGUAAUAUAGAUUACAACAAAUAGACAAUGUGAAAGAAACCUUCUACUUAGGCUUUGCUAGCGCCAGAUCAGUUUGACUAGUGAUUUGUGGUACUAAAAUAGAUGUAGGAGGUAACCACAUCUCAUAACAUCUUUAUAUCAGACAGAUACUCAUCUUAAACUUCCAUAUAGGUAUAGAAUACUUAAAACAUCUAAAUUUUCAAGGGAAAAAAAUUUCAACUUAAGAUGUGCCACUAAAACUUACCUAUUGUUAUAUGCAUAUCAGAUGCUGUAGGGCUGUGCCUAUUUAUGUUUGUUUUGUCUAUGGGUAAUUUAAAAGGAUGAAAUGAAAGUAAGAAUUCAGAAUUUUAUUUCCUUUUUUUUUGUAGCAAACCAUAUCAAACCUAAUUUUGCUUUAGUUUGGCUGUAAAAUGUAAACAAUUUUGGAAAACAAAAAAUAGAAAAAAUGUUUUUUUCUAAAAAAUUUUAUUUUUGAAAUGAAAAACCUAAAAAAUUGGAAAAAAA